AGGGGGGAUCUGAGCGUCGGGGGCGCGCGCGGCCGCGAGCCAGAGGUGGGGACGCACGACAGGUCCCUGAGGAGACCCGGCGGGACGCGGAGGGAGGGGGGAGGGUGCACCGCCUUUUUCUUCCCCCGGGAAACCGGAGCCGGGGAAGACUGAAAUUCACCAAACAAGACAAUCUGAAAUUCUGAAGGCUUUUCGUCAGUGACGUGAAACUGGACUGGAUUAAUGAGAAGAUGGGAGCAGCAAGCAGCAGCAUUAGUGACCUUCCGGAAAAUGAAUAUUUAAAAAGACUGUCAGGCCGAGAGGCGAUCUCUGAGAAUGACCCAUUUUGGAAUCAGUUGCUGUCUUUUAGCUUUAAUACCCCAACAAAUAGUGCCGAGUUAAAAGUUUUGGAAGAAGCUUCUGUGUCAGUCUGCAAGUCUUUAGUGGAGAAUAAUCCUCGGACAGGAAAUCUUGCCUCGCUGAUAAAAGUCUUCCUUUCCAGAACCAAAGAACUAAAAAUUUCAGCAGAAUGUCAGAACCAUCUCUUCAUCUGGCAGGCUCAGAACGCUCUGUUUAUUAUUUGCUGCCUGCUGAAAGUGUUGAUCUGUCAGAUGUCAGAGGAGGAGCUGCAGCUUCAUUUUAGCUAUGAGGAAAAAACACCAGGCUCUUACGGAACUGAAUGUGAAGAUCUUAUGGAAGAAUUACUAUGCUGCCUCAUUCAGCUAAUUGUUGAGGUUCCGCUUUUAGACAUUACAUACAGCAUUUCGCUGGAAGCUGUGACAACUCUUGUCGUUUUUCUCUCCUGUCAGCUUUUCCACAAGGAAAUUCUGCGGAAGAGCAUCAUUCAUAAGUACCUUAUGCAUGGCCGAUGUCUCUCAUACACCAGCAGACUAGUGAAAACCUUGUUAUAUAACUUCAUCCGACAAGAAAGAAGGCCUCCUCCAGGUUCCCUUGUCUUUCAGCCAGAGUCAGAAGGAGGGGGACUGCUUUAUGGAAUUGCAUCAGGAGUAGCAACUGGCCUGUGGACAGUCUUUACACUAGGAGGUGUGGGAAGCAAGCGAGCUCCUCAGCAGGAAGUGUUGUCACCUCUUGCUAAUCAAAGUCUAUUGUUGCUGCUUGUGUUAGUAAAUCUGACUGAUGCGCCAGAUACACCCAACCCUUAUAAACAAGCUGUUGUGUCAUUCAAGAACACACAAGAUAGCACAGCUUUGUCUUCACCAAAUCCUCAUGCUUUCCAGAUCAAUUUUAAUAGUUUAUACACCACAUUAUGUGAACAGCAGAACUCUGACCACGCAACCCUCCUCUUGUAUACUCUUUUGCAUCAGAACAGCAAUGUUCGAACAUAUAUGUUGGCCCGAACAGAUAUGGAAAACCUGGUUCUGCCAAUUCUUGAGAUUCUGUAUCAUGUCGAAGAAAGGAAUUCGCAUCACGUUUAUAUGGCACUGAUAAUUUUGUUAAUCCUUACUGAAGAUGAUGGCUUCAAUCAAUCCAUUCAUGAAGUUAUAUUGAAAAAUAUUACUUGGUACUCGGAACGUGUGCUUACAGAAAUUUCAUUGGGGAGCCUCCUGAUUCUUGUAGUAAUAAGGACCAUUCAGUACAACAUGACAAGGACAAGGGACAAGUACCUUCAUACAAAUUGUCUGGCGGCUCUCGCCAAUAUGUCGGCACAGUUCCGCUCCCUUCAUCAGUAUGCUGCGCAGAGAAUCAUCAGUUACACCUGCCGCCACUUGCGGAGAUAUGUCUAUGUCUUGGACAAAUUGUAUUUCCCCCGCCAAUCCCACUGCUCUACGCUGGAGCAUUGCUUCUCGAGCCUCAGUGACAAUGGAGAGGAACUGUUGUCUUUAACUUGUUCUCACAUUCUCAGAUCCUAUGCUUCCAGCUUGUUUUCAUUGUUGUCAAAAAAACACAACAAAGUUUUGGAACAAGCCACACAGUCUUUGAGAAGUUCCCUGUCUGCUGAUGAUUCUCCACUUCCGGACUACGCCCAGGACUUGAACGUGAUUGAAGAAGUCAUUCGAAUGAUGUUAGAAAUAAUCAACUCCUGCUUGACAAAUUCCCUCCAUCAUAACCCCAAUUUAGUGUAUGCACUGUUAUAUAAACGGGAUCUCUUUGAGCAAUUUCGAACUCACCCUUCUUUCCAGGAUAUAAUGCAGAACAUAGAUCUGGUGAUCAGCUUCUUUAGCUCACGGAUUGAGCAUCCUGGAGCCGAGCUGUCAGUGGAGCGAGUACUAGAAAUUAUCAAACAAGGAGCUGUUGCCCUACCCAAAGACAGGCUCCGGAAAUUCCCAGAGCUGAAGUUCAAGUAUGUGGAAGAGGAGCAGCCCGAGGAGUUCUUCAUCCCAUACGUCUGGUCCCUCGUGUACAACUCUGCCGUGGCCCUUUAUUGGAACCCCCAAGAUAUCCAGCUUUUCACCAGGGAUUCGGGUUGAAAGGCAGAAGGAAAUGCAAGUUUAUCUUGCCAGACCCUCUCCUAGAAUGUGUCCUUUCCAUCUGAGGUCUCCUAAGAAGGAUGCUUGUUACUAUUGUACAGUCCCACUGUUGUUUUCUUGGGGGCAUGUUAGAAUCUGGAACACCACGUGAACUCCAAUAAGAUUAUAUGCUAACCUUUAUCUAUCUAUUUGUAAAGCCAAGAGCCAGUUUUUCCAUUGGCGCUGGCUGUUGGGUUGGAAGCACCCGAUGCGAGGUGAGAUAUCAACAGCAAUCAGCUUUUGGAAAAAAGAAAAAUAAUGUAAAGUGGGCAAAUGUGAGAAAAUAUAUUUUGUUUUGGGAAGUCAGCAUUUGCAAGUUGAUUUUCUUCAUGUUUUCUAUAAGCGUGUCUGCACAUCUCCUCCCCUUCGGGCUUUUGCUGUGGGCUUCAAACUUGAUCUUUGCAGUGCUGGUUCCCCUUUCAUGCUGUGUGUCAUGGAAAUGUCUAAAUUAAUCUUGUGGCGUUAAUAUUUUCAAAAAAAAAUGCUUCAUUUUGGAAGGCACUAAAAAUGGCAUUCCUCGCUCUCCGUAUCUAGAAAAGUCUAAAAAGGUUAAGAGCUCACACUUCGUGGUUUCAAGAGUGCUAUUACACAAGUUGAUUUCUCCAAAAUUUCACUACUUCUCAACCCCCCAACACACGCACACACACACAUACUUCUUAAACUUCUUUCAGAUAAGUUGCAGCUUAAAAUGCAAUUAUAUUUAUUUCCAUCUGCAGAUGUAGAAAUAACUGCAGAGCGUAUGACUUCAGUUUUGCACAGAGACAGAUUUGGGGAUGCGGCAAUACGAGCACUGAGUCAUCAGCUUUUUAAAAAUUGAAAAGUGGACUGAUAAUAGGAGAAAUAUUUGAUGCAGUGUUUGGAUUUUCUUUUUCUUUUAUAGCUCUUGGUCAAAUGAGCUGAACUCAUUAUAAGAUUUCCUGCAAUCCUCUCCUUCAAAUAAAUGACUGUUGACUGCA